UAGGAAUAUCACCCGUUCGUUGUCACCCGUCGUUCGUCGUUGUCGUCGCAGUUGUGUACGGUGGUUGUGUGUUCGUACCGUGCCGUUGCGUCAUGGUGCUCCGUUUAUUCAUCGCGGGCCAAUCGCACUUGCCGCGGAACGCACUGUGUUGUCGUGUUUGUGCCGUGUCGUCGUAUCUUUCUGGAACGGGAAGGCAUUGAUAAGGCAGGCGCACCAAACGCACCUCCAUCCCCCUUCCCUUUGUUAAGCCUCCACCGUACAAGAACGUAGCUCUCAAGUAUCUCGGAAGGUGGGGGAUGUUCCCGGAACGUAGAUGAGGGGAAAAAUCGCCUCCAUGUCCUUCCUCGUCAAUGGUACGGUUGUGCCGAAUGUCGAUAAUUGAAGGACCUGAUCGAACAUAAGAAGCGGAUUUGUUGUUGAAUGUGUACCACUGCUCGCGAGCCAAUAUGCUGCUACCAAGAUGUCUAACACCGGAAUAGAAUACAGCGAGCUGAACGACAGAACGAAAGGAAGUCACGACAGCCCGAGCCACACGUCCGAUACGGCGUAUGAAUCAUGCCUGAGUCCCCUUCAACCGAACGAUAGUAGCAGCUUCAAUGCAAUCAAUGUGUGCGCUAUCUGCUGUGAUCGUGCCACUGGUAAACACUAUGGAGCCGCUUCCUGCGAUGGAUGUAAGGGAUUUUUUCGACGGAGCGUACGGAAGAACCACACCUACUCCUGCCGAUUCUCCCGCAACUGCGUGGUAGACAAAGACAAACGGAACCAGUGUCGGUACUGUAGGUUGAAGAAAUGCUUCAAAGCUGGCAUGAAAAAAGAAGCGGUCCAAAACGAGCGGGACCGUAUAAGCUGCCGCAAGCCAAGCACCGAUGAUAAGAACACCAUUAACGGGCUGUCGGUGAAGUUUCUACUGCGGGCAGAAAACUUCAGCCGCCACUUUGGGGCCGCCCUGGACGAGACGAACGAUGCGGAGGAGGCGGACCUGUCGUCGAAGCGCUUCGCCAGCAUCAACGAUGUGUGCGAUUCGAUGAAGCAACAGCUGCUGAUACUGGUCGAAUGGGCCAAAUCAAUACCGGCGUUCGCUGAGCUGCAGCUGGACGAUCAGGUUGCACUGUUGCGGGCCCACGCCGGUGAACAUUUGCUGCUGGGGUUGUCGCGCCGUUCCAUGCACCUGCAGGACAUGCUGCUGUUGGGGAACAAUUGCAUCAUUACGAAACAGUGCCCGGAUGCGAACAUGUCGCCUAAUUUGGACAUUUCCCGUAUCGGGGCACGCAUCAUCGACGAGCUAGUGAGUGCCAUGAAAGAGAUUCAAAUCGACGACUCGGAGCUGGCCUGCAUAAAGGCGCUAGUGUUUUUCGAUCCAAGUGCAAAAGGACUGAACGAACCCGCCAAGAUUAAAUCACUCAGGCAUCAGGUUUUAAAUAAUCUCGAGGAUUACAUAUCAGACAAACUGUAUGAUUCGAGGGGUAGAUUUGGUGAGAUCCUGUUACUAUUACCAGUGCUGCAAUCGAUCACGUGGCAGAUGAUUCAACAAAUAGAGCUUGCCAAAAUGUUCGGUGUGGCACAUAUUGAUAGUCUGUUGCAGGAGAUGUUGCUAGGAGGUGAUGCUAUAGAUACCUCAUCGACGAUCACCUCACCGAUAAAUAUGAUGAACACCAACAACAGCCCAUCCGAUUCGUGUGAUACGACGCAUCUCGCGUCAACCAUGGGCACGGGCGUGGACCAUGAAGCGCAAGACCCUCUAGUACAAAUGUCGUCCCUAAACGGAACCGGUUACGGUGGCGAUCCUGACAGUUUGCUCAUAUCGCCCAUGGAUACGGUACCCGGUGGAAACAGUUACUGUGGCCGUAAAGCACCCGGCCAAACGACGCCAGAUCCGUUAAACGGACAGCAGCUACACGGGCCGAGAAGUGGUGGCGGUGUUGCCGUUACUGCGGACGUCGGUUACAUGCAACAGCAAACGCAGCAGCGUCAUGCGACGACUGGCAGCCCGACCGAUGCGACAGUGACGGUAACGGACAUAUACUUCCACGCGCCAACGAGCGUUGGUCCACCGUCAUCGCUGCAGCUCGACACGGAUGUUGCGAUGUACAACAAUAACAAUCUAAGCUGCUGCCAGGGCGAGAUGACACACACCGGCAAGGGUUGCGAGAUGGUGAAAAUUGAAACCAAACGGGAGCCGGAAAAUGCCUAGAAGCCAAACACCUUGCCUUUAGCCCAAAGCUAUCAGCUAGCGCAGCCAUUAAAUGCGAUGUUAUGGAUCAAUCAGGUGCAAUAUGUUAGGUCAAGCGUAGACGCAACAGCAUAGCAAAGUGGAUUGAUUAGGAAGUGGACGAUUGAUAUUUACCGUGCAGAAGGUUAGGACCGCGUUGUACGCGUGUGUCCGAUUUAGUUUGGUUUUCGUUAAUUUUGUUUUUACAGUACUUUUUCUUUGUUGCGGUAGUUUUUGUUUUCGUUUUUUUUCUUCUUUUGUUGGAUAUCUGUUCUGUCGGUUCUUCGGUUAUGGGAAAUUGUGACAAUAUUAGGGCACACGAUCAGCUACGGUAGGUGUGAUUUGUGAGUUUUUUACACAAAUCCUUCAUCUUCUGGCGCUUGUGAGUGUGGCUAAUAUUUGGUAGGUGUGUUAUUUUCCUGCUUCGUUUUGUUAUAUUAAUGGCAGGAAAGCUAGGAACAAAUCAUACAAAUUGUAAGAAUAAUGAUGCUAGUAUAGUAAUAUGGAAAAAAAGUCAAACUCAUUCUGUGAGGCAGGUUUUCUGUACAUAUACAAACAGGGGUGGUGUGCAUUCGGGAGGUGAUUGUUAUACUCUUUUGCGUAGGCUAGGUAUUAGGAUUCUACACCACUAUUUCUCCCUGUUUCCCCUGUGCCCUUUUCCUUCCCUCAUACAAUUCCCUGUGACGUAAAGGAAACUUCUAUAGACUUGUUUUUUUUUCCUUCUGUUUUCUGGGACGAAAAGUGCAAAUAAAACGACUGUUAUUUUCUGUUUCCAGUUCGGCCAGCAGGGCGGUGCUAUAGAAGAGAUGCUCUUGCUAUUGCUCUGCUGCGCGACCCCGAACACAAAUGGUAACGAUGGAGCAAAAAAAUAUCGAAACAAUGGUUUUCCUUCACCU